AUGGCAGCUCCAACGAACCCGUUGCUACUGUAUUGCGAUGCAGAGCAGGAAUUACCUGAGCGAUCCUCGUUACAGGAAGUCUCAAGCCGGCGAGGAAUUUUCGGAUAUAAGCUAUCAAACGAUUCCUCAGUGAUUAGGGCAUUCAAAGACGCUUUCUAUGAUUUGAUGCGUAUUGGCAAAAAGCGUAAAGAUAGCCCACCACGUGAUUGGAGUUUCGUCCGGCGAGUGCUCUUGGCCAUCUGCUGGAACCUAUCUGUUCUAGGCUUGCUUACCUAUCUGUGUCUGGUACCGCUGGGCGUCGGCGAUGAAGAGAACCCGUGCCAGCCAGAUGGCGAGUUUCGAUUUGAUACUGCAGAUCAGCUUGGUGCGUUUGACUGGUGGGCGCCUAGGGGAUUCUUUCAGAUCACGCUUGGCUGGGGUCGAUUCAGUUUUGGCACUGCGAAGCUCAUUGACGUUGUUGUUGGCCGAGGGGGACAAACAGUCAUGGCUUUUGUAUCAUGGCGAGUGUUUGUCCAAUAUCUCCAACUCUCUCUCGUUACAAAGCCGGCGACUUACAGCACAGUGUGGCUUAUCAAGAUUCAAAAAGACAAUUCUGCUCUCGCAACAUGGAGACUUGCUUCAGGAUUCUUCAAGGUUGGCCUCGCAUCCAAAAAGGUCAUGUGCUUCAUUGUCUGGUCAGCAUUAUUCAUUCUUGCUUUCCCGACCUUCGCCAGUUCAAUGACCGGAUAUACGCCGUACAACAAGGCCUAUGUUAACGGCACCACGGGAAAGCUGGUGCAGUUCUCAGAAAUCAGCCCUGUCGCAUAUUUGAUACGGGAUGGGGAUAGAGUAGACGGCCUGAGCAAGGACUAUCCUGUAUUGUGGAUAGGCAACUCAACGGCUAUUGCCAAAUCACCUUCUCUUGGUCUCUUCGACACAUGUUAUGAUUGGGACGACCCGCCAGUUGAGUGCCAGCUACAGAGAGAUGUAUCUGAGUAUGCUCAACUCUACGGGUUCGACGGAAAAGGCAGCCGUGAAACUCAAAACGGUCAGAGAACUUAUUUUCGCAACAAGACACUGAACUGGCCACCACUCAACAUCAAAGCAUUCAAUCUGCCAAACAAUGCGUUUUACUGGAAUCGGACUGCAGAUAUUAGUGGUGGGGCCUCUUCCGACUAUCUCAAUCCUUACAGAGAUAGCUCAGCCUUGACAUUCCUGGUUGAAGACAGCCUAUACAAUGUAAAGGAGGUCCAAACUGAAGGAAUCUGUCAACCAAUAAAGAGCGGGAAAUCUAUCAAAUAUGAAUGGGGGUUUUCAUUUCUCCAGUUGUUCGUCAUGACUAUCCUUCUUCAGUUGUGGAGCAUCAGUCUUUUUGUGUUGUGGGCAACCACAAAAUUAACGCUGAAACGAAAUGACAUCGGAGCAUCAUCUGAAGGCUGGAAGGGUCUCCUCGAAUUAACGGAUAACAUCAAAGAACAAAUAGAGUCUGCUGGUAUCACUUGGGAGGAUCUCACAGACAAAGAGCUACAUUGCGAAAUUCAGCAUCUUCUCACAGGGGGACCAGCCCCUGCAUCUUCGGAAAAUCCCCUCCUCCAAGAAAACACGACUGAAACUUCACAUGUUUGGAACGCAAGUUCCAGCGGUUUUUCUUCAGAGUCCGAAGACACUGUCUUUCACUUUGCGUUAUACUCUUCGGACAAGGAUAUCCCGCUCGCAAAUUCCGGCUCGUUCAAUAUCUCAGGAACGAAUUCUGAAAAGCUCAAAGCAACAUCGGCAUCAAAUUCAACACCAGCUUCUACAGCGUCUCAAGUGUCAGAAAUCUCGACGAGUUCCACAGAGACGACACACCAUUCAGUGACCAAGUCAGAGAACAAUCCAGGUUUAUCAACAGCGGCAUUGGUUGGAAUUUCAGUCGGUGUCACAGUAGCGGGGCUUUUGAUUUCCGCAGGUGUAGGCUUAUGCCUAUGGAGACGCUUCACGCGUAGACGAACGACGGAGAGAGUGGAUAGCAUGGAGAAGUCCGGUUUUGAAAAGUCUGAGCUGGGGAAUACUCAAAUAUUGCAGGUAGGAAGUUCAGAGCUUGAUAGCACGAGAGAUGCAGCUGAACUUUGGGAUACGCAAAAGCCUGGAGAGCUUGGGGACGAGAACAAGAUACGGACGAUAUAUGGACUGCAUGAGGCGCCAUAG